AGAGAGCAACCUAGAAUGAAGAGAGGUUGUGGUCCGUAUGUCCUUCUGGCCCAACGACGACAGCUGCGAGAAUGUUCCCGCAGAGUGAAACUCUCUCUCCAGCAGACACACGUUCUUGCAACAUCCUUCACAAGGUGCACCAAUCAUACAAGGCAGAAGAUGCGGCGACAGUUGACAGUUGGCUCGGGCUUCACAAUGAGCACGCUCCGAGUGGUUCUGCUGCUGCUGCUCGGCGUUCGUUCGGUGCUGGGGCACGGCCGCCUGAUGGAUCCUCCGGCGCGUAAUGCCAUGUGGCGCUUUGGGUAUCCCAAUCCCGUGAACUACAACGACAACGAGCUCUUUUGCGGCGGAUAUGCGGUGCAGUGGGAGCAGAACAGCGGCCGCUGCGGCGUCUGUGGGGAUGCCUAUCACGUGAAGUCGCCACGCCCACACGAAGCGGGCGGGGAGUUCGCCAAGGGCAUCAUCUCGAGGUACUACACCUCCGGCCAGGAGAUCGAGGUGGAAGUGGAGCUGACGGCCAACCAUUACGGCCGCUUCGAGAUGUUCCUCUGCCCCAACAACAAUCCGCGGCAGGAGGCCACCCAGGAGUGCUUCGACCGCUAUCCCCUGCUGAUCUCCGGCAGUCGGGAGCACCGCUACCUUAUACCGCGCGAUGCCAAAAAAAAGGACAUCUUCCGCUACCGUGUCAGGCUGCCGGCCUAUGUCACCUGCACCCAGUGCGUCCUCCAGUGGACAUACUACACGGCCAAUAUGUGGGGCACCUGUGCCAAUGGCACCGAGGCCGUCGGCUGCGGCAAGGCAGAGACAUUCAGGAAUUGUGCCGAUAUAGCCAUCAUUUCGAACACUGGCGGUGGUGUGCCGCCCAUUUUUGUUAAUAACAAAUCGCCAUAUCUGCUCUACUAUCGGGACUAUCGGGCGCCCGAGGACAACAAUGUCUUCCCUUUGAUUGUGCGCAAUGCCACGCGGCAUGCGCGCAAACGAGCCCACGCUUAACCGCUUACUACCUGCUAAAUGCUACCCGAUACACAGCUUACCCGCAUAUACCCGGUAACCGGUACCCGCAUAGACAACUUACCCGAUUCCAAAGUUCUGUUCGUCGCGCCGCGAACCGGGGCUAGAGUGGCAUCCGAAACGGGUAAAGGUAAAUGCGAGUCUAUUAAAUAUUAAGCAAAAACGGUUAUGGUUUCCAAAACACACACACAUACAUAUAUACAUAUUACAUACAUAUACUCAUAGACACACUUGCUGUAUAUAAAUAAAUGCUUGAAUAAACAUAAAACAUAUAUAAUUCGGAUUUAUAUUGUUUUCUGUUUCGGGCAUAGCCGAUUCGCAGCGCUUGGUUUUGGCUUCUCUGGGAUGGCCCCGAUUCAAUACGAUUUAGUACACAAGAAAUUUAUUUAUUAACAUUGAUCUGUCGCUCUGGAUCCAGUGUCUGUUUGAGUGGGUCUGCAAAAACGAAAACUAAAAAACAUAAUUUUGAUAACCGCAUU